CUGUUGCUUUUUACAGUCUCGAAGAUAUGACUCCAGAACUACCAUAUUUUCUCCAGAAGGUCGCUUGUACCAGGUUGAGUAUGCAAUGGAAGCAAUUGGACACGCAGGUACUUGCUUGGGAAUUCUAGCAAACGACGGUGUUUUGCUAGCAGCAGAGAGACGCAACAUUCACAAGCUUCUUGAUGAAGUGUUUUUCUCAGAGAAAAUAUACAAACUUAACGAGGAUAUGGCUUGCAGUGUUGCAGGAAUAACUUCAGAUGCCAAUGUUCUAACAAACGAACUGAGACUGAUUGCGCAGAGGUAUUUGUUACAAUAUCAAGAGCCUAUUCCCUGUGAACAACUGGUGACAGCACUAUGUGACAUCAAGCAGGCGUAUACGCAGUUCGGAGGAAAACGUCCUUUUGGUGUUUCUUUGCUGUAUAUUGGCUGGGAUAAGCAUUACGGAUUUCAGCUGUAUCAAAGUGAUCCUAGUGGAAAUUAUGGAGGGUGGAAAGCUACAUGCAUUGGGAACAAUAGUGCUGCGGCUGUGUCAAUGCUAAAGCAAGACUACAAAGAAGGAGAAAUGACCUUGAAGACGGCGCUUGCAUUAGCCAUCAAGGUUCUCAACAAAACCAUGGAUGUUAGCAAACUCUCUGCAGAGAAAGUCGAAAUUGCAACACUGACAAGAGAGAACGGAAAGACAGUCAUAAGGGUUCUGAAGCAGAAGGAGGUGGAACAGUUGAUAAAACAACAUGAGGAGGAGGAAGCAAAAGCUGAACGUGAAAAGAAGGAAAAAGAACAAAAAGAGAAGGAUAAAUAGAAUAUGAGAUCAAGUGUUCUGUAGAUAAUGUAGGACCUGCUUCAGUAAAAGAUAAUCUGGAUUAUUUUGUAGGAGCCUACAAAUAUGCCAUGGAGGACCCAGAAUUGCUUUUGGUGAACCAGGUCCUUAAUCAUUGUUCAGAUAAUUAGUUUACUGCUCCUUUUGUUGACCAAUAAUUGCUUUAAUUCUUGAACGCUUUAUUUCUUUCAUCUUCUGUCUUUUAUUAUGGAAUAAAAUUUAAGAAGAAUAGCGAUGGGUGUCUUUAUUUCCUCAGUAAUGCCUGGAUAUGCACAAUCUUGAGGGAUUUAAUCGCUUUGAACAUUAAGCCAAGGUAUAUGCUAGUCGGUAAAGAGCAAAUAUGGUGUUAGAAUUGUUAGAAUUUUGUGUGUAUGUGUGGAUUUUCCUUUUAAAGUAGUGAAAAGGACUCCUAAGUUUGAAAAACCAUUUCACAAAUACAAUUAAAGUGUGCUGGCAUGCCAAA